AUGGCUAGCUCAAACUCCUCCAGCACCCUCAACUUCGCCGCUCUUGACGCAAAGGCGCGCAACAACUUCAACAUCAAGCUCUCCAGGGUACACGAUGCCGUAUUCGCUCAACCUAUCGGCAUUCAUGAUGUCUACGAGAAUGACAGCAGUACCUUGGACAUCCCCAGCAUCCCCAAACACCUACAGCUAGACUUCUUCUUUCGGAACUUCAACGACAUCGCCCGCGGCAAUUACCGCGCCCACUCCUCCAAGUCCCUGGAAGUCAAUCGUGCGAUUUGGUACUACGAGGUCUCGAAGCAACAUUGCCUGUCGAAUCGGAUUGACGUCGUACGUCUCAACAUCAUCCUCAUGGCCUUCAUCAUGAUCUCCAAGCAACUCGGUCUCGAUGCGAGCAGCCUCUACGAUACCGGCGCCGACGCCUUCAUCUCAGCAUACAUUGAGGCUUGGCUCUCUAAGACCUGCGGCCUGGACGUACAUGAGCACUCCUUCCAGGAGGAACUUGUUCGGCUCUGGAUGGACAGCGGUUUCGAUCUAGUCUACUUCCCCGAGAAAGCAAGGCGAGAGAUGUUCAAGGCAGUGUGGCAAAUGAAGCAGAUGGUGUCCGAGCUGACGACUAUUCGACCCGAGUCCUUCUACGCGAUGGUCCUCUCGAACGAGGUACCCCGCGAAUUGUUCAAGAAGGAAGGUCCCAUGUUGGUUCUGCACUGGGUCUUUGCCAAGAUGAAGAAGGAGGAGCAGCGGAAGGAGGCGGAGGCGGAGCAGGAGGCGGAGUGGAACAAGGGUGGGGUUGUUCCAGGCGUGUUUGUCGAUACUAAGCCUGUCCGGAUGGAUCAGAGCCCGGUUACAGACCUUCUUGUCGAUAUCGAGGACGGUGUGGUCGAGCAGGCUUUGCCUGAUGAGGUUAGGAAGCCUUGGAUUACGGUAGCUAAUGCUCUGAAGAUUAUGCAGGAUGUGCAGAAGGACUUCCUCACUGAGGCGAUGGAAAGGGCGACUUUGGGAAGGGACUGA